UUGGAAAAUCCAUAGCUAUUUUCACGCACACCACUUUCCAUGAAAUAUAUUCCGGCCCAGUGCAAAAUCCGAGAUGUUUUUGGAGCUCAGAUGAAAAAUAAUUUUCUUCAUCAUUCAUGAAGUCUAUGAUCAAUGUAUAUUCUUAUUCAAGUACCGUGGGAUUUUAUCCCUAACUUUUACUGACUGAUCCUCCGAAAGCAGCGGGAAAACGGCACAUUUCUGCAAUAGAGGAGGAGGUACGUACGUAGGACAUUCUUCUCCAUGGAUCUAAGCAGAAACAAAAAAACUUAAUUAGUUUCAUGGAAAGAAAACCAAUCAGUCACAUAAUUGCAUCAUCUCAAAUAAUAACGCCCUUUGAUUUCUAUGCAUUUCUAGACUUUUAUUUAUGAUAAAUAAGUAAAAGUCUAGCUAGCUUAAUUAGCCUGUUAAUUUCGUCUUUAUGUUGAUUAUAAUAUGAGAUAUCUCUCAAGGAUUCCAAAAAGUUGUUGUAUUGCGUUGAGAUAGAAAAUGGGGAUGACGUCAAAAGACAUUCAAACCUAUCUAUGGAUUUUUCUUGAAUUUUCGAUGAAACUAAUUUGUACAUAUGUAAGGGAACAUCCCUUGCCCUCAUUUGUUUGCUUCGUGUUCAUCAUCUUAUAUGUGUUCUUCUCAUCAAUCUUCUGGUUCUUGAUUUACUCUCUUCCUCUUUUGCUAAUGUCCGGCAUUGUGGUUAUAGUGUUAUACGGUCAUGAACGUCCCAAAGAUGACGUUCGGAAUAGGGGAAAAAUUGAAGACGAAGGGGGGAAGAAAAAGAAAUGCGUUGGACGUGCUCGGUCGGUCAGGCGUAGGAAAUCGAAGAAGGAUUUUCCGCCAUAUGUUGAGGAUAACGGAGGUUCAAUUUUCCUACCAGAAGGUUUUGGUGACCACCAUGUGUUUGAUAAAAGUACUCUAACAGAAGAAGAAGAACAACAUCACAUGAAGGAUAUCAGAGAAGUGGUUGAGGUUCAUUCUGUGACCGAAUGUUGCUCUUCCUUUGAUCGUUUUUCUAAGGAUUGGCAGAAGAAGCCUGCUUUUAGGAGGAGCAGAUAUGAGGGCGAGAUUAAGAUGCUGAAGAAUGAUGAUUCCGAUGAUAACGGAGAAGAAAAUGUUAAGAGGAGUAAGGGUGGUGUGCAAUGGACAACUCAUGGUCAUCCUCAGAAUAAGAAGAAUCUGAUGGAUCUCUCUGAGAUGGAAAGGAAUAAAAGGUUAGAGAGUUUAAUGGCGAGACGUAGAGCAAGAAGACUGGUGAGCAUCCAUGUGAGGAGGACUUUGAUGAAUCUGGGAAGCGAUGAUCCUCCCAUUUCUAUUAUGAUUCCAAGAACGAAUUCUAACUGUUCAUCAAAUGGUGGCCUUUUUUCACCCUCUGCCCCGGGGUCUGCUCCUUCAGUUUUGUUGAAAAACCGCAACCCCUUUGACCUGCCUUAUGAUCAGCAUGAAGAGAAGCCCAAUCUUAGCGGCGGUAGUUUCCAGCACGAUUUCAUGGUUCCUCAGCAAGAUUUGAUGUUCUGUAGGCAUGAGAGCUUUGCUUUAGGCGGUGGCUCAUUCUUUGGGGAGUUUGAAUCUGAUGUUGAUCUGCAUAAUGUUGAAUCUUCUGAAAAUUACAGAUCAAGAACCCCAUUUGCAGGUAAGGAAGAUGCCGCUGAUGAGCUAAUGAAGCAAGUUUCAGUCGAAGAACCAGAGAAGUUGAACCAUGUGAGUCCCAGCAAUAUCAAAGAACCAGUCUCUACUACUCAGUAUGAAGAAGAUAACGGAGAAGUUCAAAUAAAAUCAGUACUAAUUGAAGAUAUUGAUGAUGAUAGAACAAGUUCAUCAUCUUCAUCUCCUUCAGAAUCAGAAGAAGAUGAGCCAUUUUACAGAAUUGAUAAAAAUGCAAUCAUAAAGUCACUUAGUACACCUCCAGCUCCAAGAAAUAACAUAACUACAGAUAACCAGGAAAAUUGUCAGGAAGGCCGCCAGAUUGCCAGAAUGGAUGAAAAUUACUAUUUUGCCAAAUUUUCCAUGUUUCCUACCCCUAGCCAUUCUAUUGCUUCUGACUUACAGGUGGAGGUAUCUGAACUUGGUUCUCCACCAAGAUCUGUUGAUGGAACCUCGUCACUAGAGGAAGAAAUUUCAGUGUACAAUAGGGAUAUGGAUGAGAAAGAUACGUCUGACACAUUAUGGGCGGCUUCAUCAGGAUUAAAUCAAAAUGAAUCAAGGUCAAGAGAAGCACCUAAGGUUACUGAACAAGAUCUAGUUGAAGUUGGAUUUUCAAGUAUUCACCCCACGCAAAUCAUUUCACCGGAGGGAGUGAUCCAACAAGAUUCAGAUUUGUGUACACCCACACAUGCGGCUAAUAAGGCCGAGGAAAAUGACAUUUUAGAGCUUAUUAAGCGUAACAGUCAUGAAAAGCAAGGUGCAGAGUUGGACACUUCUGAAGAUAGUAAUAGUCCAGCUGAUCUUGAAGAAGCAUCAUUGUUCCCACCAAAAUCAUGUAACUUGGACCAGGAAACAGAAAUGGAGGUUCCACAUUAUUUACGGAAUCAGGAGGUACUGUAUGCAAGUUCUAUUGAAGAGGCAGAAGGUCUGACCAAACCACAAAUUAUUGCCCAUAAGUUGGAAUCAUAUAAUCCCGAGUCAUUUGAGGAGGAAAGCACUAAUGAUAGUAACAAUCCUUCGGUGAUCUUAGAGAGUGAUGGUCUGCCCGAACAUAAAACUAGUGCACAUCACUCAGAAUCACAUGAUCACAAAGAGUAUCCUGAAGAAGAUAGUGCCAGUAAUCACACCGAUUCAUCGGUAAUCCUAGAUGAGAUAUUAAAU